ACCAAUCAGAGGCCAGGAAACAUCAGCCAAGCCUAUCGGCAGAUGGGUGAUGGAGACAAAAUUCACAGGAAGCUCCAGUCCUCGGCACCACUGGUCCCCACAGGCGGAGAGAGUGGAGCAAGACUACCGAGAAAAGUCUCUCAUCCAACCGCAAAACCCUACCAGAGCUCUUAAAGGAAGAAAAAACAUUCAAAAAACAAGGCCAGUCUACGCCUAAGCAGUCAUGUCGGCUAAAGCCAUCUCCGAGCAGACGGGAAAGGAGUUCCUGUACAAGUACAUCUGCACCUCGGCGGCUGUCCAGAACAGAUUCCACUACGCCAACGUGACCGCCCAGACCGACUUUGACCGACUGGCUCAAGAGCACCCGUGGCUGCUCACACAGAGGCUGGUGGUGAAGCCGGAUCAGCUGAUCAAGAGACGAGGGAAGCUGGGCCUGGUCGGCAUCAACCUGGACCUGAACGGCGUCAAAGAGUGGCUGAAACCCCGCCUCAUGAGAGAGACGGCAGUUGGAAAAGCCAAGGGCAUUCUCAAGAACUUCCUCAUCGAGCCGUUUGUCCCCCAUAAACAGGAGGAGGAGUUCUACUUGUGCAUCUAUGCCACCAGGGAGGGAGACUAUGUGCUGUUUCACCAUGAGGGAGGGGUUGAUGUAGGAGACGUGGACGCCAAGGCGAAGAAGAUGCUGGUCGGGGUGGAUGAAAAGAUCAGCGAAGACUCCGUGAAGAAAGUGCUGCUGACCCAAGCCCCGAACGACAAGAAAGAGGUCCUGGCCAGCUUCAUCGUUGGACUCUUUAACCUGUACGAAGAUCUGUUCUUUACAUACCUGGAGAUCAACCCACUGGUGGUAACAAAAGAUGGAGUUUACGUGUUGGACAUGGCAGCCAAGAUUGAUGCCACGGCUGACUACAUCUGCAAGGCCAAGUGGGGCAACGUGGAGUUCCCUCCACCCUUCGGCAGGGAGGCUUAUCCUGAGGAGGCCUACAUCGCCGAUCUGGAUGCCAAGAGUGGUGCCAGCCUCAAACUGACCCUGCUCAACCCACGGGGCAGAAUCUGGACCAUGGUGGCAGGAGGAGGUGCAUCAGUGGUGUACAGUGACACUAUCUGUGACCUGGGUGGGGUGGACGAACUGGCCAACUAUGGGGAGUAUUCAGGAGCACCGAGCGAACAGCAGACCUAUGACUAUGCCAAGACCAUCCUGUCUCUGAUGACCAGAGAGAAGCACCCUGAUGGAAAGGUUUUGAUCAUCGGGGGGAGCAUUGCAAACUUCACAAACGUUGCAGCAACAUUUAAGGGAAUUGUUCGAGCUAUUAGAGACUACCAGGUGCCACUAAAGGAGCAUGAGGUUACCAUUUUUGUCCGCCGUGGAGGCCCCAACUACCAGGAAGGUCUCCGAGUGAUGGGAGAAGUUGGCAAGACAACUGGGAUCCCCAUUCACGUCUUUGGCACAGAAACUCACAUGACUGCCAUUGUUGGCAUGGCACUGGGCCACCGGCCAAUCCCCAACCAGCCUCCUGUUGCCGCCCACACUGCCAACUUUCUCCUCAACUCCAGCGGCAGCACAUCGACCCCAGCAUCCAGCAGAACUGCUUCUUUCUCUGAAACCAGAGCCAAAGUCGAAAGCUCACCAGCUAAGAAGGCCAAAACUGGAGCUCCUAUUGCCAAGGCAACUACCCUCUUCAGCAAACACACCAAGUCCAUAGUGUGGGGCAUGCAGACCCGGGCAGUGCAGGGCAUGCUGGACUUUGACUAUGUCUGCUCCAGAGACGAGCCAUCUGUCGCAGCCAUGGUCUACCCCUUCACUGGAGACCACAAACAGAAGUUCUACUGGGGCCAUAAAGAGAUCCUCCUCCCUGUAUAUAAGAACAUGAGUGAUGCCAUGAAGAAACACCCAGAUGUGGACGUGCUCAUCAGCUUUGCCUCUCUGCGUUCAGCCUUUGACAGCACCAUGGAGACCAUGCAGUACUCACAGAUUCACACCAUUGCCAUCAUCGCCGAGGGCAUCCCUGAAGCCCACACCAGGAAGAUCAUCAAGGCAGCGGAUGAGAAGGGUGUCACAAUCAUUGGACCCGCAACUGUUGGAGGAAUCAAACCAGGCUGUUUCAAGAUCGGGAACACAGGCGGCAUGCUCGAUAACAUCCUCGCCUCCAAACUCUAUCGUCCUGGCAGCGUGGCCUAUGUGUCCCGCUCGGGCGGCAUGUCCAAUGAACUCAAUAACAUCAUAUCCCGCACCACUGAUGGCGUUUUUGAAGGUGUGGCCAUCGGUGGGGACAGAUACCCAGGCUCUGUGUUUACCGACCAUGUGCUGCGUUACCAAGACACUCCUGGAGUGAAGAUGAUUGUUGUACUGGGAGAGAUUGGAGGCACAGAGGAGUACAAGAUCUGCCAGGGGAUUAAACAGGGCAGGAUCACAAAGCCAGUGGUGUGCUGGUGUAUUGGCACCUGUGCCACCAUGUUUUCCUCAGAGGUCCAGUUUGGCCAUGCAGGAGCUUGUGCCAACCAGGCCUCUGAGACAGCAGUGGCUAAAAACAAGGCGCUGAAAGAGGCCGGUGCCUUCGUACCCAAGAGCUUUGAUGAGCUGGGAGAAGUCAUCAAAUCUGUAUAUGACGAACUUGUUACCAAAGGAGUCAUCGAACCAGCUGAAGAGGUGCCUCCUCCCACUGUGCCAAUGGAUUACUCCUGGGCAAGAGAGUUGGGUCUGAUCCGUAAACCAGCUUCCUUCAUGACCAGUAUCUGUGAUGAGAGGGGUCAGGAGCUCAUCUAUGCAGGCAUGCCCAUCACUGAGGUCUUCAAGUCUGAAAUAGGCCUGGGAGGAACUCUGGGGCUACUUUGGUUCCAGAGGAGGUUGCCCAGGUAUGCCUGUCAGUUCAUUGAGAUGUGCCUGAUGGUGACUGCUGAUCACGGUCCUGCUGUUUCUGGUGCCCACAACACUAUUGUUUGUGCCCGAGCUGGCAAAGAUCUCAUCUCCAGCCUCACAUCUGGCCUCCUCACCAUCGGUGACCGCUUCGGUGGUGCUCUGGAUGCUGCAGCAAAGCAGUUUAGCAAGGCAUUUGACAGUGGCAUGCUGCCAAUGGAGUUUGUCAACAAGAUGAAAAAGGAUGGCAGGCUGAUCAUGGGUAUUGGACACAGAGUCAAGUCUAUUAACAAUCCCGACAUGAGAGUCCAGAUCUUGAAGGACUUUGUGAAGCAGCACUUCCCCUCCACCCAGCUGCUGGACUACGCUCUAGAUGUAGAGAAGAUCACCACCUCCAAAAAACCCAACUUGAUCCUGAACGUGGACGGCUUCAUCGGUGUGGCCUUUGUGGACCUGCUCAGAACUUGUGGUGGAUUUACACGGGAUGAAGCUGAUGAGUUUGUGGAAAUCGGAGCUCUGAACGGCAUCUUCGUCUUGGGACGCAGCAUGGGAUUCAUCGGACACUACCUAGACCAGAAGAGGCUGAAGCAGGGUCUGUAUCGCCACCCCUGGGAUGACAUCUCCUAUGUGCUCCCAGAACACAUGUCCAUGUAAUCGGAUGGACUAAACCACACAGUGCCAACCCUUCUGUCCCCAGUGUCUCAUCACCCUCACCCGUCAAUCCCCACAAAGCCACAAAGCAGUGGCAUAAUAUAGGGAAGAUGUUACUAUUAAUAUAGCUGUAAAUGGCAAAUAUAGAAAGGGAGAAUUUCAACCUGUUAGUGCUGCAGUUCUGUGAAUAGAGUAAGAAAACCUGCAAAACUGUGAAGCUCCAUCAGUUGAUCAGCAGUCGAUAAUAAAUCCGAUAUACAGGUGAGAGAGUUAAAGCGGAUUAUUCAAGCAUUCAUCACCACCACCGCCACUACUACUCUCAUGGCUUCAGCGGUAAAGUUACUGUGACUUACUCCGAAAUAUUACAUCAUUGUAUCAUCCAGGCAUGUGUGUGUCUGUAUCACAUACUGUCGUGUCUCUGUGCAGCUCUCUCCAUCGUGCCACUUGAGAAUCAUGAGGCUUGCUACACAGGAUGAACAUGUAGUGCAAUAAUGCCUAUAAUAUUGAGAACAUACUGUAGAUCAGAGCUUUAUUUAUGUAUAGGUGUAUUAAUUGUGAAAACGAAAGGGUAUGAGAACAUUAUAGUUUUUGAUUUUUCUGUAAUGUUUUGACAUGGUAGCGAAAAAAGGAAACAGCAGUCGGCUUAAUGUUGCAAAUGGGACCAUUUCAUGAGUCAUUCCUGGCAGUCGCUGCCAUUUGCUGUUCCCAGGAAAUAUUCUCUCUCAUCUGGUGGAAAAUAUGGGGUAUUUUCGCAAAAGGUUUUAAAUAUAAGCCACAAUAAAUAUUGAAUGUAAUUUUAAAAUUACAAAAUGUUUUUUUUUUCUUUCCCUAAUUAGUUCUGCAGAUUAGAGCAUUUUUUUGCCAAAAGCCCCAGGAAACAUUAACCAUAGUGCAUUCCUGGCUACAAAAAGAUGAAAUAUUCACUGUUUUUUUUAAGGUCUUUUGUCUUGACAUUGUUAACAUAAAUGCACUAAUCCCAGUAUCAGCAAUACAUGACAGGAAUUAGUUUUAAUAACUGAAAGCUUUCAUAUUGUUUUUUUCACAUGUUUUUUCACAAUUAAGAUAUUAGGUCCUGUUAUUUAAGAUUGUUUCAUUUCUCUGUUUAGAAUAGCUUUUUAAAGAUCAUUACAUGCCUAAUGUUCAACAUGUUGUGCCAUCUAUUACUCACUGACUUUCUUUGUAUUUCAACAAAACCAUUUCAUAUAAUGGAAACUGCAAAUAAUUCUCACCUUAAAAAAAAAGAGAAAAAGAAAAUUGACCUUCCAGAUUGUCGUGUUUGUAUCCAACAGAGUAACUUUUUAGACAAUCUGGAUUUUGGAUUUAGAUUUUUUCUGCUAUUCUUGUUGAAAGAUACUUUUAACUGAAAAUGAUCAAUUUUCCCACAAUUUAUGUGGCCACAAAGAAAGCUGUGUGCCAGGCUUCACCAGUCUCAUGAUUUAUGUGAAUGUUACAAAACUGUAGAAGAAUUCUUGUGGACAACCAGAGACCUCACCAGUGUUGUUGCAAUGUUUUUGUUUGUUUCAAUGUGAAUUGAACGUGCCUCUGUACUGAUUUGUUGUGUGUUGAUAACUGUGUAAUUGAGUAAAAUAAAAUGUAAUUAAU